AUGCCGGUUAAAGCAUUUGAAACAUACACUUCUGAACAUAAACUUUUUAAUUAUCAGCCAUUAAGUGUUUUAAAAGAUUGCCGCAUUGGUAUUGAGGCAAAUUACUAUUUAAAACAACUAGUGGAACGCCUUCCUGUUAAAGAUCCUAUGAUUUAUGCAACUUCUUCUAUGCCUGUUGGGUUGAAAACGCAAAUAUUACGUGAUCUUAGUAUUUUGAAGCAAAAUAAGAUUGAGCCGUUUUUUGUUUUUGAUGGAUUAGAUUUGAUAAAUAAGAAUAAGAAAGUAUGGAAUGAUGAUUAUUCUAAAAUACGUGCGGAAGCAUGGAAAAAUUAUGAUCAAGGGAAACUUCAACAAGCAUCGAAUGAUUUUAAUUUAUCGGGUAAAAUUACUUUUUAUUUUAUAUGUGUUGAAAAUGCUAAACAUAAGAAAGCUAAUAUUCAAAUGUCAUCUUUGUCUAAGGUAUUAAUUGAUAUUCUUUUGGAGAAAAAAAUAGAAUUUUUAAUUGCGCCUUAUUUAUCAUGGGCUCAACUAGCUUAUAUGUUAGGAAAUAAUCAAUAUAAUAUUAAUGCGAUUUUUGGAUCAGUUAAUAUACUUUCAUUUAACGUUGAUCGUUUAAUUAUUGAGUUUAAUUUUGAUUAUUCUAUUUUUUCUUGGUUAGAUAAACAGACAAUUCUUUCGAGUUUAGGCGGUAUAACUAAUGACCAAUUAUUGGAUAUUUUUAUACUCUUGGGAUCUGAUUUUUGUCCUACAUUUCCUCCUCUUGAAAUGAUUUCUCAAAUAAAUGGAGAUGUUUUUAAAUUCUUACAAGAUACGAUUAAAAUAUUUAAAUCUGGUAUCAAUACUAUUUUAAACUAUCAUCAUACAUUUGUAGCAAAACAUAUUGAUUAUUUAGAUAUUUUUUUCAAAGCUAUUUGUAUAAUUAAAUAUCAUAUAGUUCUUACGGAAAAUGGAAAAUUAUUGCCACUUAAUGAAUCAGAUGCCCCAAAUGAUAUUCAUGAAUUUAUUGGUACAAGACUUCCAGAGGAAAUAUAUUUUUAUCUUUCAAGGGGAAUAGUUGGUCCUCAUGUUAUAAAUAUACUUACAUCAGGCAUGUUAAUAGAAAAUACUCCAUUAGAUAAUAGAGAUAGUCAAGAGUAUAGAGAUUUUUUAAAAGAUAUUUUCCCAAUACAGACUCAAUCUUUAAAUCUUCUUACUCAACCUCUUCAUCGAUUUUAUCAAGCAAAGAAUGUGUCUGCUUAUUAUUGGUUUGAUCCUGAACAUGAGCAUAAAAUGUUCCAUAAAAUAACACCAAGUAUUUAUGAAUCAGUAAAGACAUGGAUGGUUAAAGAGGACUUUGUUAAUCAAAUAAAAAUGACUAUACCUGAAAAUAAAGUCAAUUUUCUAAGUUUUUUUAAAUCUCUUUCUGAUACUAAAGUAUCUAAAGAUUCAUUUUCUUUAAAAACAGAUGACAAUAUAAUGCAAAGUCAUGAACAAAUAUUAUCUAGUAUUUAUGGUAGAUUUUUUCAAUUGAGAUCAUUUAUAAAUCCAGAUCACUCUCUUUCACCAUGGGGUUUAGCAUUAUUAGACUCAUUAAAAAUAUGUCAUGAGGAUCAACAAAGUUCUAUCGUUUUGAUAUUUGAAUUAUUGCGAUUACGUGUUUUUAAACAAGAUAAUUUUUCCAUUUCGUAUUCAGGAGAAUCAUCUAAAGGGACAGAAGAGGAAAAGUCAUUUACAACAUUAAUAUCACGUGUAGCAUGUUUAUCGGUUUUACAUCAAAAGGAUGUACCAUGGGCCGGUCCUUUGAGUCAAGGAUUACUUGUUUUUAAUUUUUUUAUAAAAAUACUUUCUCAAACAAUAAGAAAUUUAAUAGAAAUGGUAACUGUUUCUUUAUUUAUGAAUAGAGAUGCAAAUAGAGAACGGGAUGAUUGGUUAGAAUUUGCUAAACAGCUCCCAUUUAAUAAUGAAUAUGAUAUUACAAUGGGUCUUGUAAUUAAAACAUAUUUAGAAAAAAUCAUUGUAUCCGAAAAUCCUACAAAUGAAGAAUCUAAAAAAAAUGCUAUUGAUUAUCUAAAAUCUACUUUUGUAAGUGCCGAAAAUAUUGAAAGAGAUAUUAUGAAAUUUAGAUAUUUAUGGAAUUCUAUUGUCUAUGGUAUUAAAGUAGCUAACAUAUUAGGUGUAGUUGAUAAAUUAGAAUCUGAUAAAUUCUUGAGAGCAAACAAGUGGUUACAAGAAAGGAUAUAA